AUGACAGAACCCCCCGACCCCAAAUCAACCCACACGAGAACCGAGGAUUCCGACUCCUCCACCGGAAGGAACAACGUCUCGUCGGCAGAUUCCUCUGACCGGAAAGACGCCGGCGAAGUUGAGCAACAGUCCAAUUCUCUUUCUUUUCAUGAUUUUCUUCUCCAAGCAACACUUCCAUUGGCCUCGAAGGUAAGGCUCUCUGACAAAGGAUUAAUCAAAACAACACCUGAUUCUUGGUUUGUCAAGAUAGUUUAUACGCUCUUUCUAUGCUCUAACUAUUUUGAUGAUAGGUUUUUGGGUUAUUCUCCACUGACUGACAGGUUUGAUGUUUCAAAGGAAUUAAUUGCUGAUGCUCAGUGCAAUGGGGUUCAAGUAAAUGUGAUUGUUUAUAAUAACUUUUUGAACAUAUCGAUAAAACACACUGGGAAAGUUGAUGAAGCUUUUGAGCUUCUCAGUGAUAUGAGAAGUUUUGGCUGUUCCCCGGACAUAGUUAUAUAUAACACUCUACUAUUGAGUAAGAUGAAAGAGGCCUUAAUUGAUGGCUAUUGCCGAGUUGGAUGGGUGAAUGCACAUGUUCCUGCAAAUUUAUAUACCUUCUCUGUUCUUAUCAGUGCUUUGUGCAAGAGCAAUAGCCUGAAAGAAACACAUAAUCUUUUAAGACUAUUGAAGCAGAGUGACAUUGUUCCAGUCUUUUCAGAAAUGGAAGAGAAGUGCAAGCCUGAGACAUUUACCAUUCUUAUUAUUGGGCAUUGUAUGAAAGGAAGAACACCUGAAGCAAUUGGUAUCUUCUACAAGAUGUUGGAAGCUGGUUCUACUUCAGACGAUGUCAUCUAG